GAUUUGUACCCAAAUAUGGCAACACCCAAAUAUGGGAACGAGAUUACGAACGAGAUCACCGUCCCGGCACCUGAUUGGUCGGUAGGAAGCGCAGCACGAAAUUUAAACUUCGGUCAAAGUUCACCGCGGGAGCACUCUGCUGAGAGAAGAGGAUUCAUCAUUGGACACAUGGAGAACAUGACUGGGGGUGUUUUAUACCUGGAGAAUGCAGACACUGAGAACGGUAGUGUCUUCCUCAAUGCUGUUGUCAAGCAGCUUGUUGACAACAACACACACGAUGAGCAGCAGCUGUGUGUGAUAGGAAAUCCUGUGCACAGUGGGAACAUCUCCCUCAGCCAUCCUGUACUGUCCCUGACGGAUGUGUACCUGACGUGGUACAGGAGUCUGGGGCUCAGGAGGAACACACGGGAAACCAUUCUCACUCCUGAUGACCAGCUGGUAGCCCUGCAGCUGUGUAUGGCGGAACUCAACUCCCAGCAAAUUGGAGCAUUUGAAGUUCAGGCCAGUGAUGUCCUGGAGGCUGUCAAUCAUCUCAUUCAAGACAAGCUGGGUAACCUAGCAACAGCAGGAGGCCCCACCCACAGGGAUGACUACCACCUGAUCAGGGAAGCCUAUGACAAGUUUCUGGAUCACUGUAAUGUGUCUGACAUAGCAGAUGUGUUCCUACGAGUGCAGGAGAAGUUCCAGCUGGACCCAGAUACAGCACAACGGUGCAGAAGCAGCUCUAAAUACAUCCUGUUAGAGCUGCCACAAACUCAGCUGGAGACGGAGAUGCUGAAGCUACUCGUGGACAAGUCAGUCACUGUUGUCACCAUGGAGACGUCCCUCGACACAUCUUUCAGCCAAUCCGUGGAGCCAGCAGAUGUGAGAUUGACCAAUCAAGAGACAGAUCUCAAUGACCUUUUAGAGAGGGGCCACUCUCUAUCAACAACUGUGCUGUCAAGUUCCAGUGCAACUGAGAGUUACAUCAGGAAAGUGUUCCAGUCCUACCUGACUCUGCUGCUGAACUGUAGAGAUGAGAUAGCCCUGGCCAGAGCCAUCAACAUUCCUGACAGAGACCUGGACCACAGGGCCUUCACAGAACUGAAGAGGAUGGCAAGGAAGAAGAACAUGCCGAUGUGCCAGACUGCUGUGUCAUUUGUCAUGCAAAAGAGACUGGGAGGGAAAAGCUAUGCUCCAAGCCAGGACAACCCACUUCUCCAGCACAUUAAGGGCCUGAGUGAGUUUGUGACCUUACUACAAAAGAUGCAGACAAUUGUAGAGGAGUGCACAGAUUCAAGGUCUGCACUUGGAAGACUUCUGACUGUGCUUAAGAACGUCUUGAUGCGCUCCAAGGACCUGACCCUGAGGAAGUCGAGUGUGGAGGUUGUUGCCGUGACGAUGAUGGAGGAAGCUGGGAGACUGGCGGAUCACCUGUCUGACAGACGGACUGACACUGCCAGUCCAAAAAGGUCCCCAGGCAGCGGUGGCUCGGUGUAUGGGAGAGAUGUGAGCAGGUUCAUCCAGCUGUACCUGGACAGACAGGCCGGGCGGCCCAGUGUCGGCCAUGUUGUGGAGGUGCUGAGUGAUGUGUACACCAGCCAGAGCACCCCUGUCAGGAUCCCAUCUCUUGUCUCACAGUUCAGGUCUCCUGACACAGAGACAGAGAAAAGUAGAGAAGACACUCCUUUGCUUCAGAGAACUAUGCAGAGAAUGAAGGAACUGAACAAUAAGAAGCUAGCAGUGCCUAGGUACCAGUCGGACUGUACCUGGGCCAUGCCAGCUGUGUCAGUUAGUCCACUCAACAACAAGGAGGAGAUCCAUGUGGACUACUCACCUGUCAAUCAUGAUAUCAUCCAAGCUCAAGCUCCUCCCACCAACAUCCUGCAAGCAGAGGAUAAUCUGCAGUGUGACGAAGAAGAAAAGAAGAGGAAGAGAAAAGACCUCAUCAACAAGAUUCUAGAAUCAGCUGAUGACCAGGAAAAUGUCAACCUUGACAGAGAACCCUCAACCAAGAACUCCGGGAAGAGAAAACUGAAGGAUGGAGGAACUGCUUCUUCUCAGCCACCAAGCAAGAAGCCUAAGAAGCCUGCAGCUACAAAGUCCAAGAAGAAAGUGGCUCCCCUGCUCACUGGACAGAAAAAGCUGACAACGUUCUUCAGAAUGUAAUGUUUUCUUUAAUCUUAGCAUUCAACCAUGUCCAUUGAAUGUACUGCUCUUGUUGACAUGGAGGACUUCGAGCUUUUGAUGUUGAAAUAUUGAUAAUUUAACAUUCAAUGACCUUCUCUGGUUAUUAUACUUUUUAUUAGGUGUUGUUUUUAAACAAUACUUGGUGGUCUUUGAUUUUAAGUGUCAGUAGACGUUGCAGUUUUCUAUGUUUUUUAGCUUUGUAUAAAAUUGUAAAUAGUCAUCAAUGACAAUCUUAUUCAGGUGCAAUUAAUUGAUGUAAAACCACAGACUGGUCAAACCAUAAUUAUACACCAACUUGACUACCAGUAAAACACUUCAACGCCUGGCUUUGCCAUGUAUUUUCAUCUUGUAUGUAUUCAGUAAGGUAACAUCAUUGUAUCAUCUGAGAUACGUAAAUAUAACAGUUGUACAGUUAGCGAUUAUGUAUACAGAAGACAAGCUCAUGUUUCCCCACCAUGUGUACCUAACAUGCAAUUUUAAAAAUUUGUACAAAGGUUGAUAAUAAACAAUGUCGUCUUUUUGCCUA